CGGGGGAGAUGCUGAGGCUCCCGGGGCGGAGGAGAAGUAGGAGGCGUUGGAGGGGAGGGAGGGAAAGGGGCAUCUGGAGGCUGGGUGUCUCUUCUCUCCACUGGAUUUUCCCAUGAGCUGUGAGUGAGCCGGUUUGGGCUGGGCUGGGCUGGGCUAGGCUAGACUGAAGCUGGGGCUGGGGCGGGGUGGGGGGGCCUCUCCAUGGUACAAAAGACCAGUAUGUCUCGGGCCUCUUAUCCACCCACCCAGGAUAUCCCGAUGGAGGUCUUCGACCCCAGUUUACAGGGCAAAUAUAGCAAAAGAAAGGGACGCUUUAAACGCUCAGAUGGCAGCACCUCCUCUGACACCACAUCUAACAGCUUUGUCCGCCAGGGCUCAGCAGAGUCCUAUACCAGUCGGCCCUCAGACUCAGAUGUCUCCCUGGAGGAGGACAGGGAAGCCCUGAGGAAAGAGGCAGAGCGCCAGGCAUUGGCACAGCUCGAGAAAGCUAAGACCAAGCCAGUGGCAUUUGCAGUGAGGACAAAUGUGGGCUACAACCCAUCUCGAGGGGAUGAGGCGCCUGUCCAGGGCAUGGCCAUCACCUUUGAACCCAAGGAUUUCCUGCAUAUCAAGGAGAAGUACAACAAUGACUGGUGGAUAGGACGCCUGGUGAAGGAGGGCUGUGAGGUGGGCUUCAUCCCCAGCCCUGUCAAACUGGACAGCCUACGGAUGGUACAGGAACAGAAGAUGCGUCAAAAUCGUCUUAGCUCCAGCAAAUCGGGCGACAACUCCAGCUCCAGUCUGGGAGAUGUCGUGACUGGCACCCGAAGACCCACUCCACCAGCCAGCGGUAAUGAUAUGACUAACUUAGCUUUUGAGUUAGAUCCCCUAGAAUUAGAGGAGGAAGAAGCUGAAUUCUGUGACCAUCCCGGCUCCCCUAAGCCUAGUGUUAGCAGUAUAACAACCCCGUCUCCCCAUGGCAAGCGAAUCCCCUUCUUUAAGAAGGCGGAACAUGUCCCCCCUUAUGAUGUGGUACCUUCCAUGAGGCCCAUUAUCCUGGUGGGACCAUCACUCAAGGGUUAUGAGGUCACAGAUAUGAUGCAGAAGGCUUUAUUUGAUUUCUUGAAGCAUCGGUUUGAUGGCAGGAUCUCCAUCACUCGGGUAACAGCCGACAUCUCUCUUGCCAAACGUUCUGUCCUCAACAACCCUAGCAAACACAUCAUUGUUGAGCGCUCCAACACUCGAUCCAGUCUGGCUGAGGUACAGAGUGAGAUUGAAAGGAUCUUUGAGCUGGCCAGGACCCUGCAGCUGGUUGCCUUGGAUGCUGAUACCAUCAACCACCCAGCCCAGCUGGCCAAGACGUCUUUGGCCCCUAUCAUCGUUUACAUCAAGAUUACCUCCCCCAAGGUACUCCAGCGCCUCAUUAAGUCCCGAGGAAAGUCUCAGUCCAAACACCUCAAUGUUCAGAUAGCAGCAUCAGAAAAGUUGGCACAAUGCCCACCUGAAAUGUUUGACAUCAUCCUGGAUGAGAACCAAUUGGAGGAUGCCUGUGAGCACCUGGCAGAGUACCUGGAGGCCUACUGGAAAGCUACCCACCCGCCUAGUAGCACACCACCCAACCCACUGCUCAACCGUACCAUGGCCACUGCAGCCCUGGCCGCCAGCCCUGCCCCAGUCUCCAACCUCCAGGUACAGGUGCUCACCUCCCUCAAGCGCAAUCUCAGCUUCUGGGGUGGGCAGGAGGCCUCCCAACCCAGCACUGCUGCGUCCCCACUGCAAGAGCAUAAUCUUGGGCCGUACCGUGUGCCUGGGGACCAACCACCUGAGCGGGCAGUGGGAGAGCGAGCCAGCUUACAUGAGUACCAGGGUGAGCUGGGCCAGACCCCGGGCCUCCACACCGGCAAUCAUCCUCCAGGCCGGGCAGGCACUCUUCGGGCACUGUCCCGCCAGGACACUUUUGAUGCUGAUGCCUCAGGCAACCGUAACUCUGCCUACAUUGAGCUGGGGGACUCUUGUGUUGACAUGGAGACUGAUCCCUCUGAGGGCCCUGGGCCAGGAGACCCUGCUGGGGGCAGCUCUCCACCUGCCCGACAUGGUUCAUGGGAGGAGGAAGAUGAAGAAGAUGAAGAGCUGCCUGACAACCGAAAUCGGGCUACACCCCGGGGUCCUGCCAAACCCCAGUAUUGUCCAGAAGGGGGUGGGGCUAUGGUGGGCCGGAACAAGAAUGAGCUAGAGGGCUGGGGCAGGGGUGUUUAUAAUCGCUGAGGUUGGAGGGCAGGGGCAGGGAGGAGACAGGUUUUAGGGUAAGGAAAGAGGGCAAAUACCAGCCAACCUGGGGAGCUAGAAGAGCGGGGUGUCUCGUCUCCUGGGGGCAUUAUGUCACCCUCACAUAGGGAGUCACCUCACCUAAGGAGCAAUAGCUUUCCCUCUAGGGGGAGGGUAUCUCACCUGGAGGGGCCAGGUGGCAUUAUCCUCACCCCUGAGGAGGUUAUCUCACCACUGGGGGCAGUACCUCACCCUCUUGUGGGAGGUUACCUCACCUCUAGGGGAAUCUCUCACUCCUCCGAGGGGAUAUCUCACCCCUUUGGGAUGCCUUUACUUCACUCUUUUUUAGAAGAGCAUAGGUAUAGAGUAUUCUCCAACUACUCUGUGGGGUGUGAUCUCACUCCCUAAGGGGGGAAUGACCCUUCUGUGGGUGGGUGUCUCACUUCUAGGGAGAUAGUCCCGCCCUUUUUGGAUGCCUUUGCUCACUCUUGUGGGAUAUGAUCUCACCUCCUGGGAAGUAGGGGGAGGGGGGAGGGCUUUAACACCCACGUGCAGAGUAUUUUCCUGCUGAGGGGUGCAGAUAGGUUGCCUGAGGGACUGAGGUAAGUGCCCUUCUCUGGGCUGUUUACCUUCUUCUCUUUAGGGUGUUUUCUCCCCAAAGUUCCUUAACCCUUUCAGCCCCAGGUCAUAAGUGAAAAUCCUAAUAGAGUUGGCCCCUCCCCCACUUGCCUACUCUUGGGGAGCUGGGAAGGGAGGAGAAGAAGAAGAAGGGUUCUUCCUGUAUUGAGAAAUGCACAGAACAUUCUUUCCAUGAAGAUCUAUCUCCUCCCUAGAACCCUAGACCCAGAUCCCUCCUCAUUCUCCAGUUUCUUGGCAGCUUUGUUAGGAGUUUAGGGGUAAAGGACAGAGCUUGCAGCUCUGUCUCAUUCAUGUUGGUGGGGAGGGGUUCUGGGUGUGAGUGAGUAACCAGCAUCAAGUUCAUGAUCACAGGAUCACAGAUCCCAAAGCGGGGUGGGGUCUUGGCCCAGUGCCUCAAACACUUGAGGGAGGAGGAAGAUGGGGACCUCCCCCUUUCUUGGGGCCCAUCUGUCCACCCCCAUGCUUCAGCCUCUGUCCCCUCUCCCAUGACCUUCGCUUCAAUUGCCAGUACACUUGACUCUUGCCAAGCCUAAACAAGGGAGUCUCUCCUCCCCACACCCCUAACUCUAUGCCUCUGUGGUAUGGUACUCAUGGUAGGCUGUUCCCUGUCUCUUCUGGAAACCAAAAAACUGUUUUUCCUAUUCCUGCCCUGGAGACCAGCCCUAUUUCCCUGGCCCAGGCUUAGCAAGGAAAGAGGCCAAGGCCUUGGCUGGCAUUGGGGCAGUGCCCUCACCCUAUGGGCAUUGCCCCAUACUGACCUCAGCUUCUCCCUUUGGAGCCCCUGCUCGCUGCUGCUGUGUCUACACCUCUUGUGUUAUUAACUCCAUCUCCAAGUCCCCAAUGCUCUGAGGAGAGGCACCAGGCCUCAGUGAGACCACCAUCCUCUCAUCCCACGUAGGGUUGUCAUCUUGACUUGGUGUUUGUAAUACCCCCCCAGCUCUCUCCGGGGAAGAGAACCAUUUGUGCCAAUGAGGUCUGGGCCCUGCCUGCCUCAGGGAUGGGCGCCAUCAUGCCUGUCUCACCACCUCCUGUGCCAACUUCACCCCCAACCCCUCACUCACUUGGGAGGGGGUAGGUGGGGACAUAGCUUCAACUCACCCGUUGGAAGACACCACUGCCCAGCCUCUCCCCCCUCUCUCCAUCCCUCCUCCUAAGCGUCUGUCUCUCCUAGAUGUCUUUCCCUCCCAUCUCUUGGUUGAAUAUUUUGCCAGAUAUAUAUUAAAAAACACAAACAACCCCCACUCCUGCCCCCCCAACCCCCUGCCCUUUCCCCAAGCCUGGUCCUUUUUCACCACCAUGCAUGUGGGAGCAGGUGCGUGCAUGGACAUACUCGUGAGCUGACAUGCAUGGGAGAGGGAGGGGGUGUGUGGGACCACAGUCGGCAGGGGGAGGGGUGGGAGCUAUGAAUAAAAAGUG